AUGGGGAACGCGCAGGGGAAGAAGCCCGGCGAGGAGCGACCGGACGGGGUCACCACGCCGCGGCCGUUCGUCGGCAGCCCGCUGCAAUACACGCCGCAGGUGAACAUGGACCCGAACGUGCAGGGCAACAUGACGCCGCACGCCUCCGCGGUCGAGUUUCUAGGGAGCCUAGGCGCGCCAGCGCAGCCGAAACAAGUACCCGUAGUGAUUGUCUGGCCCCACGGUGGUCGGCACGUGGAGAUUGCGGGGUCGUGGGAUGGGUGGCAAAAGAACCUGACGAUGCAGCGCGCAGGGCGGGACUUCACCAUCGUGCGCCUGCUGUCGCCCGGCGUGUACCAGUACAAGUUCAUCGUCGACGGCAUGUGGCAGCACGCCCCCGACCAGGGCAUGGUGCACGACGACAUGGGCAACGUGAACAACAAGAUAGAGGUCCAGGACUACACCCCGGAGCACCCGGAGUCCCUCGCUCCCUUCGACCCGCCUCCUUCGCCCAAGGAGUCGUACAACUGUGCAGUGCCCGUGCAAGACGACUUCGCGAAGGACGCCCCGGCCCUGCCCCCGCACCUCCAGCUCACCCUCCUCAACGUCCCGCCCGCGUCAGACCCCAACGCCUGCCUCCCACGACCUCAACACGUGAUCUUGUCCCACCUCUACUGUCAACGGGGCACCUCGAACGUGAACGGCGUCGUGCUGGGCGUGACGCGGCGGUAUAAGUCGAAGUACGUCACGGCGGUGAUGUACAAGCCUGCAAAGCGCCGCGAGUCGAUGGAGCGGCAAAUGGCGGCGGCGCAGAGCGCGGGGGCGACGCAGAUGUCGGACGGGAGCACGGCGCCGCACGGGGGCGCGCCGGCCGCGGAGCAGGUCGCGCCGGGGCAGCCAGGAUGA